GUCAGCCUUGCGGUUGAGUCCAACACGAAGGACGCAGCAGCGCAUUCAUCGGAAGUCAAAUACACACGAGGAGUUGUGUUUUCUUUUGUUUUCUUCUUUUGGGUGGGGAUACUAAGAACACUUUUAAGAGAGAACGCAGAACAAAGUUUUAACUUCACUGCAGACGUUUACUAGCAAUGCUGUGUGUGGGAGAUUCCGGCGACUGCUUCCAGAACCGCGCCCAGCACGCGAUGCGCUCCCCGCAGGACCCGAGGCAGACGGUCCGGCCGAGGCCGCUCAGCGAGCCGUGCGAGCGCUCCUUCGCCGUGACCCGCUUGUGGAGGCAGAGGACCCAGCAGGAGCGACUCUCCAAGCAGCGAGUGUCGCAGGCCAGCGAGGCCAGCACGUACGACUCGGCCUGCUGCCUGGCCAACCCGCAGGAGGACGAAGACGAAGAACCCAACGAGCGCUUGGCUCAAGGUUCCCCCAACAGUGAGAAGAGUUUGGACUUCGACUCCGGCUACUCGGAGGCCUCCUGGCACGAUGAAGGUGUCGUUUUGAGAAGGACGAGGAACGUGCGAGUGUCUUCUUCUGCUUGCCUCCGAACAAACACGGGCCCUUCGGGUCGGAUCCGGCCAAAAUCCACAUCGGACGCUUGCCUGGAGCGCUGGACCUCCUUUGAGGCCAGCGACCCAGAGGACUGGACUACAGCCUUGCUAAGCAAGAGUCGGAACAGACAGCCACUGGUUCUGGGGGACAAUAGCUUUGCGGACCUUAUUAAGAACUGGAUGGACCUACCAGAGUGUCCUGAGCCUCCACAACUAAAGCCCAGUGCCGGCCGGCGUCUUGCCAAGGACAUUUUAAUCAACAUGAAGCGGCGACUUGCCGGGAUGUCCAAAAGUGUGGAGAUGAGGCAGAAACCAGCCGAGUCCACACGAGGGGGCAGGGCCGCCGAGGCCCCCCAACGGAUGUCCUGCCCUGUGGGACUCCGGUCGCUGAAACCUUUCUUCCACCAAUCGCACACGGGCCUGCACGCCCUCGACUCGGACUUUCACCACUUCGCCGCCCUCAUGAAAACGGGCAGCCGACAGCCCAUAAUUUGCAACGACAUCAUCGGUUACAUCUGACUCUAUAAGAUCGAUUUUUGUCCAAAAUAUCAACCCAAAUAAACUUUCACCUUAUUUAAUUGAUCUCAUUUUGUAGAAAUCUGUCAAGUGUUUCCUCAUCUUUACCAGCAGAACAAAUAUUUUUCCAGGAAAAGCAAU